AUCUGGAACUUACCCUUUGACUCUUAGCGUCGCAGGUACCGACAUGCCGACUCGGCGAUCGGCGAUCGGUAACUGUCAUGUCGUCAUGCUCACUUCAUCACAUUGUGCGCUUCUCGUUUAAACCACAUGCUCCUCUUUACCGCACCGCGCGUUCGCUGACAGAAUUCAUCGGGCAACGGCGGAGAUGCCGUGACGCCCUUCAUAUUUGUAGGAGACUCCUCGACCCCAUCCACCCCGCACCCCACAACAAUGUCGCACGACGGUCUAGCCCUCAUCCAGCCCGACGCCGCCAAGCGGCACCUCGAAAUGGCGAAUCUCCCCCUUCUUCCAGCCGCGGAGGACGCGUAUGUCGUGGCGGUGCGCGCGAGCGCCGCCUGCCGCGGCGAGCUGGGGUGGGAGAACGCCGACCCCCACCUCUUCACGCACCGCCCGCAGCGCGUGCCCGGUCCCGAGGGCGCCGGCGUCGUCGUGACAGCACCCGCGGGCGCCGAGUUCCAAGCGGGCGACGAAAUCAUGUGGGCGCUCGACGCAUGGGCGUCGGGCUCGAUGCGGGAAUACACGGCUGUGCCGGUCGGCGCGGCGGCGCGCCGCCCGAAGGUGUCGUGGGCCGAGGCGGCGGCUAUACCGCUCAGCGCGGAGACGGCGUGGCAGGGCCUCUUCGAGCAGGGGGGUCUCAAGGCCGUAUUUGACGGGCAGGCGAACGCGGGUAAGCGCGUGCUCGUGACUGGUGCAAGUGGGAGUGUUGGGUUGUGGGCGCUGCGCUUCGGCUCGGCGGCUGGUGCAUACAUGGUGGGAGUGGGGAGCGGGGCGCGUGCCGGCGAGAUGCGCGCCAACGGCGCCGCCGAGGUCGUCGACUACACGACGACCAGUGUGGGCGAGUGGGCGAGGCCGGGGCAGAUCGACCUCGUCCUCGAUUGUUCGGGCAUCGACCAGGUUGGCGCUUGGGCGGCGCUCAGAGACGGCGGGACAUUUCUUUCCGUCGUGACGGACCCCGUCGAGACGCAGCCCGAGGGCAAGAAGGCCACGGCCCAGUGGUACCUUGUACGUACACGCGUGCCGGAAUUGGCGCAGAUUGCCGACCUCGUCGACGAACGGGGGUGGCUUCCUGCUAUCGAUAGCGUACACGAAUUCAACGCGUUUCAGGCCGCGUACGACCGCGUCGACGGUGUUGCGACAGGAAAGGUUGUUGUGUCGAUUUCAGCCGACUCUUAGGAGGUUGAUUGUGGCGCCUGCGUGAAGGCCUCUCCAUUGUAAGGGCUCUAUGUAAUCUGUCCCAAAAAGCUCAUGU